AUGUCCAACUCUGACCGUCAAUCUCCAGCUCGGGACCCUUCUCAAGCUCCUGCGUCCGGUGACACCAGGCCCAGGAGGCAUGUGGAAGAGCAGGGUGUAUUGAUCCGACCGCAUCCCUUGAUUAGCGACCUGCAACAACACCAAUCCACCUCGAAUUUAUCUACCCCUCCUUCAUUACUGCAGGGCAGUGAAAGGAAUAACAGACGGAGGGACACCGCAGUGGAUCCAUUCCUAUCCAUCAGCAAAACAAGAUCGAAAAACCUGGACCGUCAAAGACAUUCGCACAACAGCUAUAACCUCUGCCCGCCGCACUAUACCCCAUCCUUUGUAAACGAAACCGAUACCACGCCCCCACAUGGUGAUGCCAGGGCAACAUCGAGAUCUCUUCGUCAGGUCAGCGGUGGGUUCUGGACCGUCGGAGGUCGGCUGUCCGUCCAACUUGGGCAAUUACAUGGGAUCAACGCUGGAACUGGAGGGCUCCUUGCCAGCGGGACGAACGCUCCCCUGCACACCGCCACGUUCCUCGACCAGCCGACUCCAGAUGAUAAAACCCUAGGUCAUGAACGGCGCCUUGCCUUGGCUCUGGAAAUCGACCAGGCCAGUCGCAUUCUGCCCCAAGAUUCCGCGACCGAUAGAGAGGUUGCGAACACUUUGGCCGAUCACAGCCCCUUCGUAUGGAGAGAUAAUAGCUGGACUCGAGAUUUGAUACCGCGUGCUUCGGUGACCAAGCCUGAUGCGACACCUCGAAACGAGAAAGCUGUACCCACGGUUCCCUUCAGAGUCCUUGAUGCCCCCAAUCUCAAGGACGACUACUAUUGCUCCAUCUUGGCCUACAGCUACACCUGUCAUACGUUAGCUGUCGCUCUGACGCAGAAGGUUUACCUCUGGACAGAGCAGUACGGGGUGAGAUAUCCUCCACUUCCUCCCGCCCGUCCGGCCAAUUUUGUGACGUCCCUGGCCUUUUCAUCUGACAGGGGAGGGAGAGCCAUCUUGGCGGUCGCGAGGAACAACGGGAAUGUUACCCUCUGGAGCCUGUUGGAAGCCAGACCCAGAUUCGAUGUUCCUCACCCAUGCGCGGCAUCUUGUGUCUCGUUCAGACCAACCGAGACGCCCCGACAGUCGACAACGGGUAUUGGUCUCGCCUUGUGUGAAGACCUCCUGGUGGGUGAUGACGCCGGCAAGAUCUACUAUUACUCACUGGAAUGGCCCGAGUUGGCACAGGGAUCCAUGACGCUUCUGGCGAAAAUCGACGCACACACCCAAAACAUCUGCGGUCUAGCGUGGUCCCCGGAUGGACAGCAAUUUGUUUCAGGAGGUAAUGACAAUCGAGCGCUGUUAUUCGACCCAGAACUCCUACCCGAGACGGCGGAUGAACAUGCAUUCUCUCAGGAGGACCUCGAAUCGGGAACUGUGCGAGCAUUGGCUCGAAAUCAUCAACAAGAAGCUGCAGAGAGCCAAAUGAUAACACCUCCUGACACCCCUGAGAGGGGUGGUGUCGCGGCACAGCAUAGGAACCCAAAUCUGGCGACUCCCCCCAGAGAAGAUCCAACACGCAUCCAUGGGUUGGACACACCGCCACCGACCCCUCUACAGCGAGGCCGCACUCCUACUCGUUCGCCUAGCACCGACCAUCGUUGGACUCCGGGCCGCAAUGGAGCAGCCCUGGGUGACAAUCUCGCGUUGGUUCGGAAUGCUCUUGCGAACCCUGACAUCCCCGGUCACGCGAAUAUGCAUGUUUACUCAUUCUAUCAUUCGGCGGCGGUCAAAGCCAUGGCGUUUGCUCCCUGGCAGCCAAAUCUACUGGCGACCGGAGGAGGGAGCAAUGAUCGUCAAAUACAUUUCUUUCACACAGGCUCUGGUGCACUUCUGGCCUUGAUCAAUGUCUUCUCGCAGGUGACGAGCCUGCCGGAACAUGAAAUCCGGAUCGCGGUCUUCAGCUGGCCAGGUUGUGAGUGUGUAGUGAGUGUCCCCUGGGACCGCAAACAGAAUGGAGAAGUGGGACGCGCAUUGUGGGCGAUCCCAUAUCCAGGAGGGCCGAACGAUGCCAUUCCCAGCCGAAGACAAAGCGAUUCUUCCGACGGGUUUUCGGCCUGGGAAGCGGUCCGGCAGCGAGAGGCCGAAAGGGGGACGGCCAAUCCAGACGUACGACUUCGACGCAGUCUCGCACCUAGUCCUGAGCGUACCGGGGCCACUGCCCGUUCUCGACCGGGUCCUUGGAGCCGACCACGAGAUAGCCACCGACGAGAUCUCCGGGGCGAGGGGGAACCGUGGGCCUCUCGCACGGAGGAGGAAGGCAGUCUGAUCAUUGCAUGCUGUGACCAGACGGUGAAGUUCUUCGAGAUCUGGGCCGGGAAAAGCAAAGGCAAGGGAAGAGGGCUAGGCAAUAAACAUGGCGUGCUGGGCGGAAGUCGUGUCCUGGAAGGGUGGUGUGAGGGCGUCAGCGUGGAUGAGAUCGGAUGCGGAGAGGUCAUCCGCUAG